GUUAUUAGUAUUUUUUUCUCCACCUCUAUUGCUUUCGAAAAAAAGAAUAAAAAAUUUAAAUUAAGUAAAACGUUUAACUUGGGACGACAACGGAUGAUGGCCAGUCGUGGUGUUGCCGCAUCAAUUGUCCAUCAUAGUCAUCAUACACACACAUUGACCUCCGCAUCCUCGUCGCUUACUGUGGAGACAAUCAGCAAUGUGCUAACCACCGUGAAUGUCAAUGUCCAUGCGAACAAUGUGAAUAUUUCCAAUAACAACAACACAAACAGCAACAACAACAAUAGCAACAUGACGGUUACUGGGGGAACUGGACUUGGAGGAACGGGAGGCGGAGCAACAGAUGCCAAUGCUAAUGCUCCAACUGCCACAGGAGAGGGCGCAGAUGCUUUAAUUGCGAAGCCCAUGUAUCCGCGUCUAUUUAAUAAAAUUGUAUUGACACUUGAGAAUAGUCUGAUACCCGAAGAGAAAAUUGAUGUAACACCCUCAAGUCUGGACGGACUCGACCAUGAGACCGAGAAAGAUUUGCGAAUCCUUGGCUGUGAGCUUAUACAAACAGCUGGCAUCCUGUUGCGUUUGCCACAAGUUGCCAUGGCCACUGGUCAGGUGCUUUUCCAGCGUUUCUUCUAUUCCAAGAGCUUUGUGCGCCACAAUAUGGAAACGGUGGCCAUGAGCUGUGUGUGUCUGGCAUCGAAAAUUGAGGAGGCACCACGACGCCUACGCGAUGUUAUCAAUGUGUUCCAUCACAUAAAACAAGUGCGAGCACAAAAGGAGAUAUCGGCUAUGGUGCUGGACCAAUACUAUACCAACCUGAAAAUGCAGGUGAUAAAGGCCGAGCGUCGGGUGCUCAAGGAGCUGGGCUUUUGUGUGCAUGUUAAGCAUCCGCAUAAGCUAAUCGUUAUGUACCUGCAGGUGCUUCAGUAUGAGAAGCACGAAAAGCUCAUGCAGAUGUCAUGGAAUUUUAUGAACGAUUCCCUCCGUACGGAUGUCUUUAUGCGCUAUACACCCGAAGCCAUUGCCUGUGCCUGCAUUUACCUCAGUGCCCGCAAGCUGAUCAUCCCAUUACCGAAUAGUCCACCAUGGUUUGGCAUUUUUCGUGUUCCCAUGGCGGACAUCACGGAUAUUUGUUAUCGUGUCAUGGAGCUAUAUACACGUCCCAAGCCCCAGGUGGAUAAACUGGAAGCAGCUGUCGAUGAGCUGAAAAAACUCUAUAUGGAUGCUCGAAAUAAGACCAAGGAGGCGAAUACACCACCGGCUGUGAUCACAGUGGAUCGGAAUAAUGGUUCCCAUAAUGCCUGGGGUGGAUUUAUCCAACGGGCGGUGCCGCUGCCGCUGCCCACAGAGAAAUCACCACCGGAGAAAGAUUCACGUUCCCGUUCACGCUCCCGGACACGCACUCAAUCCCGUACACCGCGCUCACGCACACGUUCACGUUCGCCAAGCCGUGAACGCCUGAAGAAAACCCAUCGCAGUCGCGGCUCAUCGCGUUCUCGUUCCCGAACACCGCCCAAACACAAGAAGAAGUCGCGCCAUUAUUCCCGUUCGCCAUCCCGCUCGAGUUCGCCCCACAGCAAGCAUCGCAAGAGAAAAUCUUCGCGAGAUCGAUCCGACUACUAUUCCUCGAAAAAGGAGCGCUCCAGCAAUGCCAGUAGUGGAAAUCAUGCCGGCGAUUUGGACAAAUAUCGGAACUCUAGCUCCAAUUCUGGUUCCAAGCACAAUCGUUAUUCCUCCUCCUCUCAUCGCAACAGCGGCGGCGGCGGAGUAGGUGGUGGUGGUGGCGGAGGAGGCGGCGGUGGCGGUGGAAGUCAUGGUGGUAGUCGUGGUGGUCAUAAGCAUCGUGAUCGUGAACGUGAUCGCGAACGUGAUCGGUCUCGUGAUCGCAAGCGUUAAAACUUUUGGAUUCAAAAACAAAUUUCAUGAUUUUUUUGUAAAUGUAACUUUAAUUUGCAUUUUUUUUUUUUAUUUGUACAAUCUUCUUUUUACGUUUAUAGAUUAUCACGAGUAAUAUUUUUGUGGUUAAACUAUAAUAAAUCUAAUUUCUCAUUCUUCAACUGAA